GGGUGGAGCUGUAAGCAUUGAUCUUUUUUUAUGUUUGAAACAGAUUUUGAGUUUGAGUCUGCUUUUCUCCUACGCGUAAAUCAUCACGUACUCAUCAUAGAUUAAUUAUAGAUUUUAGUGUUUAUCGUAACCUUUGAACCAUCGAUAGACAGCUUGGUUAUCUUUUAGUUGCCUACUGCGUCGUUUGCUUUCACCUAGACAUCUGUUACUGUUUUUAAGGGUUCCCAAAUAAACCAAGAAAUCUUAACUUGGUUAAGCAAGCCUUAGCAGUAAGUGAGAAACUAUGGCUGAAGCAAGGUUGAAAACAGUCCUUGGACAUAUGAAUGGUCAUGUAAAUGGAUUCCAACAGGGAUCCAUGAAUGGUCACCCCAGAUUCCGGUACACAUUAGACAAUCCCCUGUUGUCACUGGAACAGAGACAGUUUUAUGAAGAUAAUGGGUUCCUUGUGAUUCCCCGUCUUGUUAGUUCACAGCUUUUAGAUGCUUGCAAAGAAAGAUUUCUUGCCUUGUGUGAUCGCCGCUUGCCGUGGAAUGGAAUCACCAUGAUGAAAGACAUUUCUUUGGCCAAAAGUAGCACAGUAACUGGUGAACGUCUAUACAACAAAGCUCAAGAUUUUGUGUAUGAUGACGUUCUCUUCCAGUAUUGCCUUUAUCCACCAAUUCUAGACCAUAUUGAGUGCUUCAUUGGACCCAAUAUUCGUGCCAUGCAUACGAUGCUGAUUAACAAGCCACCGGAUACGGGUAGCCAAACUUCUCGCCAUCCUCUUCAUCAAGACUUGCAUUACUUUCCCUUCCGACCGGCCGAUCGAAUCGUGUGCGCCUGGACGGCUAUGGAACGCAUCACCCCUGAUAAUGGAUGCCUGAUUGUCUUGCCCGGCACGCACAAGGGAGUACUCCAUCAACACGACUAUCCUGAUUGGGAGAAAGGUGUCAACAAGAUGUAUCAUGGAGUUCGUGGAUACGACGAUCAUCCAAUAGUAGAAUUGCCAAUGGAAAAAGGUGAUACUGUGUUCUUCCACCCGAUUCUGAUUCACGGAUCGGGAAUGAAUAGAACCAACGGAUUCCGCAAAGCCAUUUCCUGUCAUUACAGCUCGGCUGACAUGGAAUACAUUGACAUACGUGGUACCUCUCAGGAGAACAUUGCUAAAGAAGUGGAAGAAAUUGCUAAGCGUCGUGGUAUGGAGCUCGAAUUCCAGGACAUUUGGCGUUUCCGUAGCCGCCUCUGUCGUGGCCGUGACCCAAUACCGGUAGCUUAAGUUGACUGCCAAAUGAUUUUCUUUUUCUUUCGUAUGCCAAAUUAAUCCGAAUCAUUGCAUAUUAAUGGGGAUUUUUCCAUAUUAUAUAAAUAUACUGCUGGGAACUGUA